CUGCCGCCCCCGCCCCCACCGUUGAAGUCCAAUUUGCCGAUGCUGUACUAUGGGCUAGUCGUGGUGGGGACGGCUGCCCUCGUGCUGGCCUUGUACAACCUCAUCAUCAUCAAGUGGUGCACCAGCCGCUACCAGUCCGGCCGGAGGGCCGAGCGGUUCGUUGAGUUCGCGGCGGCGAGCCGGAGCUUCGAAAACCCUAACCGGAACCUGUUGUCGAGCUUCAAGUACAAGAAGGAUGCAGCGGCGGCGGCUCAGGAACCCGGGAGCGAGUAUGAGUGCGCGGUCUGCUUAUCGGUCUUUGAGGAGGGCGAGGAAGUGAGGCAAUUGCCGCGGUGUAAGCAUUCGUUUCAUGUGUCGUGCAUUGAUAUGUGGUUGUACUCUCACUCCGAUUGCCCGCUCUGCCGCUCGCCGGCGCACCCGCUGUCGCUACGGCCCCGGUUGCAGCCGCUGCCGCCGCUGCUGCCGCCGGAGAGCGCGCCGGAGAAUUCCCGGGAGGGGCUGUUGGAGUCGGGCGUGUCAGUUUGAGGUCCUUGUAUUUUUGUAGGUUUUGUUGUUUCUUUCCAUUGUAGAAAAUGAAAUUUUUGUUCUUUUUCACUCAAUGAAUGAUAAAACGUUGUUGAUAU